AUGUCCUACUUCAUGUCUCCGCAAACUCAUUUGAGUCUUCUGGCUUCCACCCAAGGUGGGGCUGCUUCUCCAGGCUCGUCCCUUGGCCUCUAUAGCCCUGCAGAGCCAGUGGUGGUGGCCCCUGGUGGACUAGGCCCACUGAGCCAGAAAGCUGAGCAGCUGGUACCUGCUGCCCAGGCCUGGAGUCCAGUCCUGGCAAUGCCAGAAGCCAGGGGCUACCCCGGUGGGGCUAGCUGGGAGACGCUGUGUCGGAAGAAGUACGGCCGAUACUGCCACAAAUUACCCCACUUGAGGCAGCCGGAGAGCUUGGGAUGGGAGGACGGCUGCUCCAGAGGCAGAGCUCCCCAGCUGGGGGCCCCCAGCAGGCCUGGGUCCCUGCUGCUGUGUGGGCUGUCACCAGGGGUGCUGCAGAUGCCCCCUGAGGCAGGGGGGAAAGAGACCAGCUCCCAGCCCGACAUCUGCAUUCUCACCCUGGCCAUGAUGAUUGCUGGCAUCCCCACCGUGCCUGUCCCAGGCCUGCGGGAAGAAGACCUGAUCCGGGCUGCUCAAGCUUUCAUGAUGGCCCAUCCGGAGCCAGAGGGGGCUGUGGAAGGGGCGUGGUGGGAGCAGGCGCUUGCGCACACUGCCUCCGGGCAGGUGGCCCUAGUGAGAUCCAGGAGGAGCCAGCCUCCUGGCUCCUGCUUGUAGCCAGAUGAAAUAGCACCAGACACAAUGGGUGGUUUCUCCGCAUGGUUUUUGGGCAGACAAGGUUGGGGGUCUAUGGCAGAGAUGGGGAUAGGGUGGUUGUUUGAGCCACUCUG